CACCAAAUGUUAUUAAAAUAUCAAAAUCUAUAUGUGAUAAUUUUUUUUAUUUGUAACCGUUAAAUUUCGAUAUAAAAAAUUUUAAAAUGUUAGUGCAUGUGAUAUUAGUGAGUAAAUUGUGUUCGGAAUUGAUUGCUGUCCAUUCGAUCAACUUGGACGAGAUGAAUCUGCUUAUGCCGUUCAAAGACUUUCAGGAUAUAAUUUAUGACAUUUACGGUCUACGAAAUGAAUAUUCAAUUUUUUGGCGUUACUCACCCGAAUUGUUUUUCCAAAUCGCUGAUUAUAUAACUUUUACAACGGCAUUGUUGUUUGGCGCAGAGGGUCGCAUCUAUGUGUUGAUGAAGGACUACGAUGAACCAUGGAACGACAAUUUAACUCAAAUGAAAGUCAUUGAUUACGUUGAAGAAAAAGCGCAAAAACGCGCACAGUAUGAUCCGUACGAGGUGAAAAUUAUCCGCGAUGGUGAAAAGGACAGCGAAAUGCUCGAUGCGGAAAUGUUGGAAUCAAUUGUCGACGAGCACGAACCAAGUCGCAGUGAUGCUGACGUCAUUGCCUAUGCUACCUCAAAACUGACAGCAGCACCGUUUUUUACCGCUGAUUUUUCACCACAGGCUAGCUUGAUUAGUGCAUUAAAACAAGGUUGUUCGAAAGACCAGCGUCGAUUGGUGCCACCAGCCGAGGUCACAUUUGAUCGCGUUAGUAUGAAAAAAGGAAAGAAACAAAUAGAUAUUCCAGAUAACAAAAAAUCGAAGAAAAAGUAACAAUAGAAGUCACAAAUUGCUACUAAUGAUUAUAAUGUUUUCGUAUUCUCAUAUAAAAUUAUAAUGUAACUGUUAAUAUAAAAUUA